CCAGCCAUUGGCAUCCCCCCCACAGACCAAAACUCCAUUUUUCCCGAACCCCAACUCUCCCUUCCUCCUAACCUUCAAUGGCUCUCUCCGACUGGAUAAAUGCAGAGAACGACUGUGACUCUUUGCCCACUAUACGUCACCAUUAGUGGGCCUUCCCCUCCCUGCUUUUUUGCCUUUUUCAGUACUCUUCACUCCACAAUCUCCACUUUUAAGUUUUCCCUUCUCCCUCUCCGCCCUCCCACUCCCCUGCUCUCAUUUAUCCCCUCCCCCUUCCCCCCAAAAAAACCCAGUUUUUUUCGCUAUGUGGAAAUCCUGUCCUGCCGCUCUGAUCUACUGCCUAAAAUGCUCCCCUUUCUUCUCCCAACCCACCGUUUUCAAGGAUCUGGAAAACCCCUCCGACUCGCCGGAGCAUCCCAAAAGACAACCCGGCGGCUGGAAAUCCAUACCCUUUAUCAUAGGUAAUGAGACGUUUGAGAGAAUGGCGAGUUAUGGGAUCACGGCGAACUUUACGGUGUAUUUGCUGAAGAAAUUUCACAUCGCUCCGGUGAAGGCGGCGAGCAUGUCUAAUAUCUUCUUGGGAACCGUUAACUUCGCGCCGCUCAUCGGAGCUUUUAUCGCCGACGCCUAUUGCGGCCGAUUCCGGACGCUCGCUUAUGGCUCCAUCUCUUCUCUUCUG